UUGGUGACCUGGAGGGAGUGUCUCUUUAGGCCCUUAAACAAGCAGGUGACCAACGCUGUUCUGAAGCUGAUUGAGAAGGAGCGUAACGGGGAAACCAUCAACACCAGGCUGAUCAGUGGAGUGGUGCAGUCCUACGUGGAGCUGGGUCUGAAGGAGGACGACACGUUCGCCAAGGGCCCCACGCUGUCGGUGUACAAGGAGUACUUUGAGAGCCAGUUCCUGGCGGACACGGAGCGCUUCUACACCCGGGAGAGCACAGAGUUCCUCCAGCAGAACCCCGUCACUGAGUACAUGAAGAAGGCAAAGGGCCGUCUCCUGGAGGAGCAGCGCCGGGUCCAGGUCUACCUCCACGAGUCCACCCAGGACGAACUUGCCCGCAAGUGUGAGCAGGUCCUCAUCGAGAAGCACCUGGAGAUCUUCCACACCGAGUUCCAGAACCUGCUGGACGCCGACAAGAACGAAGACCUGGGCCGCAUGUACAACCUGGUGUCCCGGAUCGCCGACGGCCUGGGGGAGCUGAAGAAGCUUCUGGAGACGCACAUCUUCAACCAGGGCCUGGCCGCCAUCGAGAAGUGUGGCGACUCGGCCCUCAACGACCCCAAGAUGUACGUCCAGACCAUCCUGGACGUGCAUAAGAAGUACAACGCCUUGGUCAUGUCGGCCUUCAACAACGACGCGGGCUUCGUGGCGUCUCUGGACAAGGCCUGCGGGCGGUUCAUCAACAACAACGCUGUGACCAAGAUGGUCCAGUCGUCCAGCAAGUCCCCGGAGCUGCUGGCCCGCUACUGUGACUCCCUGCUGAAGAAGAGCUCAAAGAACCCAGAGGAGGCGGAACUUGAAGACACGCUCAAUCAGGUGAUGGUGGUGUUCAAGUACAUAGAAGACAAGGACGUCUUUCAGAAGUUCUACGCCAAAAUGCUGGCCAAGAGGCUGGUUCACCAGAACAGCGCCAGUGACGACGCCGAGGCCAGUAUGAUCUCCAAGCUCAAGCAAGCGUGUGGCUUCGAGUACACGUCGAAACUGCAGCGCAUGUUCCAGGACAUCGGAGUGAGCAAAGACCUCAACGAACAGUUCAAGAAGCACCUGCUCAACUCCGACCCCUUAGACUUGGACUUCAGCAUCCAGGUGCUCAGUUCCGGCUCGUGGCCUUUCCAGCAGUCCUGUACCUUCGCUCUCCCCUCAGAGCUGGAGCGGAGUUACCAGCGCUUCACCGCCUUCUACGCCAGCCGCCACAGCGGCCGCAAGCUGACCUGGCUGUACCACCUGUCCAAGGGCGAGCUGGUCACCAACUGCUUCAAGAACCGCUACACCCUGCAGGCGUCCACCUUCCAGAUGGCCAUCCUGCUGCAGUACAACGCCGAGGACCUCUACACGGUGCAGCAGCUCACCGACAGCACGCACAUCAAGAUCGACAUCCUGUCGCAAGUGCUGCAGAUCCUGUUGAAGUCCAAACUUCUGGUGCUUGAGGAUGAUGGUACCAAUAUGGACGAGGCAGAUUUCAAACCAGAAACCGUUAUUAAACUCUUCCUAGGGUAUAAGAAUAAGAAACUGCGGGUGAAUAUAAACGUGCCAAUGAAGACGGAGCAGAAACAGGAACAGGAAACCACACACAAGAACAUCGAGGAAGACAGGAAGUUACUAAUACAGGCUGCCAUCGUUAGGAUCAUGAAGAUGAGGAAGGUGCUGAAGCACCAACAGCUGCUGGCCGAGGUCCUCAACCAGCUGUCAUCCAGAUUCAAACCCAGGGUUCCCGUUAUUAAGAAAUGCAUCGACAUCCUCAUCGAGAAGGAAUACCUGGAGCGCGUCGACGGGGAGAAAGACACUUACAGCUACCUGGCUUAACGCGGCCCCUCCCCCCCCCCCCCCCCCCCCCUUCAUUCAGCCGUUUGUUUUUAUACCAGACCCCCGGCGCCCACCGGCCUCGCGCUAGGAACACAACUGACGGGCGCCUCCCCUCUUUAAGGCCCUGUGAACACACACACACACACACACACACACACACACACACACACACACACACACACACACACACACACACACACACACACACACACACACACACACACACA